CGAGGCAGGCUUUUCCACACGAGGAACUACAGUUCCCAGCGCACCCCGCGAUACGUCCCUCUGACGUCAAGCGUCGUAUGUUUACGUCCUAUCCAGGAGCAGGCCGCUCUUGUAGCAUCUGGCCUGCUGUGUUUCACCGGCAUCUUGUACCGUCUAUCUUAUUUAAAUCACCGGAACAUCACAUUCGGUCCAAACUCGGAGGUGUGGCGUUUGUUAUUUCCUGCCCCACGGUGCUUUCUGGACUACCUAUUAAUUUCAAGCCGUGGGUGACUUAUGUAUGAGGUGCACCAGCACCCCCGAACGCUCGUGGGUGACCCCCAAUGACGUAAGGGAGACCACACCCAUGACAACGCGACACUCGGCUUGUCACGUGACUCGACGCCCCCCUCCCGCCCUCAUCUGAGCGACGAAGGAGAGAGGGACACGUCCACCUCUCUGUGACGCUAUAAGCGUAUCCUUUCCGUGAUUGGUUGGCUAUGUCCAUUAUUCCCCUCGCGAUUGGGCUGCCUUACUCGGUCAUUGGCAGGAAAACCCUCCCGAUUGGUUCAUUUUACGGGUUGCUCCUCCAGUGAUUGGUUGAAGCGGAGGAGCUCUUUUCAAUUGGUGAAGACUUCCCGUCAAUCUUCUAACGAUUGCCCCUCCCCAUGGGUCAGAAGAAGGAAACCAUCCCAACUGGCCGCCUAGGGGCGUGAAUCACAUUCAGACUACAUUUCCCAGCAAGGAUUGUAUUACCUUUGUCAGGCAAGCAAAUCACGACAAAGACUGCUCUACAAUUUCCACCUGCCUCGAGGUGCGGCGGGUAUUGUAGUCCUUUGGUAUGGCCGGAGGCAAGGAGGAUCAGAAAAUGAACUACAAUUCCCAGCAUGCCCUAGUGUUCAGAGCCGUGCGCGGCAGGGGUGGACGGGAUUGUAGUCGGUGUAAGGAAGUAUAUGGACUACAAGUCCCGGUGUGCCCCGGGAGGCGGCUCUAGGAUGGCGGAGCAGCGGGGCCGGGAUCACCGGGAGGCAGCGGUGGGCUGGGAGCGGCUACUGGGUGAGCCCGGAGCCCGGCGCUUAGCCGCCUUGCACGCCCUCCGCCGCCGCAAGCCGCUGAAGGAGGCGGGCGGCGCCGAGCGGUUCCGGCGGUCGGGCGGCUUACGGGCCCUACUGAGGCUGCUAAGGGACGUCGGAGGAACCCGGACCGGGGCGAAGGAACUGGACCUUGGCCUCAGUGUACUGGCAAACUACUGUACCGAAGAGUGGGCCCGUAGGGAGGUCCAGAGGCUUGGAGGAAUCCCGACACUCGUGGACAUCCUGAAGACCACCACGUCACACAGUGUUCAAAACCGGAUUGCCCGUGCACUGGGAAAUCUAGCCAUCGAGGCAGAGAACUCCGUCAUCAUUCACCAGUCAGGUGCAGUUCCCCUCCUUGUCUGCCUGCUCUCGUCGUGUGAGGAUGCGGGCUGCCUGCAGAGCACGGUUCGGGCUGUACGCCUGCUGUCUGACACGCCCUCCCACCGCCGCUGGCUGACCACCCAGGGCUGCCUGCCCCCUCUGCUUCCCCUGCUCUCGCGCCCCGAGGAGGGGCUGUUGUCGGCCACCUGCCGGGCUCUCUCGGCCCUGGGCCGGGGUCUCCCGGCUCCCCUGGCCUCUCGCCUCUGCGGGGCAGGGGCUCCCGAGCUGCUGGCUCCCCUCUGCUCCCACCCUUCCACUCGUGUCCGGCAGGGCGCCCUCUUGGCCCUGGCCAGUCUCUGUGGCCACGCCUGCGUCCGUCCGGCGCUGGGCCGAGCCGGCGGGGUCCGACUCCUGACGAGUGUCCUGCGCGCCGAGCCCUCCUCUCCCGCGGCUCCCUCCCACCUACGGGCUCUGUGUCUCCUGUGCCGGGAGGCUGUGAACCGGGCCAGGGUGAGGAGGGAGGGUGGCCUGGGGCUGUUGCUCUCGUUCCUGCGCCUUCCCGUGCACGCCGCCAGCCAUCCCCGCAUCGUGGGCGCGUUCCUCGCCUUCUUCUACGAUCAGCAGGCCCUGGAGGAGCUGGCGGCCGGAGGGCUGGUCCCCCUCCUGGUGGAGAGGCUGCACUGGGCCAGGGGGGAGGCAGGAGGCGUGGCGGCUGCAGAGGACGAUGAGGUGGAGGGCGACUCCUUCGACUUCCCGUCGGAAGGGAGCUUGGGGGAGGAGGAGGAUGAUGAGGAGCGGAAGAGGGAAGGUUCCAGCAGCUUCCUCAGCCUAAGGUCCUGGCUGGUGUCCGAGGGCUACAUCGAGGGCCCCUCUGACCUCUCGCCUGCUCCUGCGACUGAGCCUGACCCCUUUCCCCCUCCCCCUCUCCCCCUCUCCCCACCUCAUACUGAGGAUGAAUGCUCGACUCCUCACCUCGUCUGCACCCCUCCCCCUUCACCGGAGACUCCGGCCCUCCUCCUGUUAUCACGUUACUCGCAGGCUGAGGAGCCACCUCCGGGCCUGCUGGCGGAGGGCAGCUUGCGAAGGCUGCUGGAGUACUUGGGGUUGGGCCGGCUGGGGGCUCCUCGCUGUUUCCGCCUCCUCUCUCGCCUGUUCUGCAACCCCAACUGCCUGGAGCCCCUGAUCCGGUCCCGGGCUCCACUCCUGGUCCGGGCCCACCUGAUCCGUGGGCUGCGCCUCGAGGACCUGCGGCCUGUGAGGGAGGAACGAGGAGGAGGGGCGUGCCGCUGGCUCAGACAACUUGGAGAGGUGCUGCUACAGAACCUGGGGGCCCAGGCGGAGUCUGCGUUCGGGGUCGGCACCCUGGCCCACCUGCUACUGUCUGGGACAGAGCCAGAUCGUGUGUCGUGCGCCAUAGCCCUCCCACUCCUCUGCAGGAACGACAGUGUACGUCGCCGGCUGCUUUUGGAUCACAAGGGGCUGAGGUUGCUCCUGGGGGCACUUGGUGGGGGUGGGAGUGACGGUGACAACACAGACCCCCUCACUGCCUUCGGGGCGGCCGAGGCAGUGGCUGAACUGGCUGGAACUCCCGAGCCCAGGGAUGGGGGCAGGGGCUGGGAGUCCGAGAGCGAGGUGGGAAGGGGGGAGUGGUGGGCGCCUGCAGAGCGGGUAGGAGAGGACAAGGGGGGAGAGCCGGAAGAGGGGAUGGAGAGUGAGGAGGGAGCAGCAGAUGAGGGGAUGGAGGAAGAACUGGAGAGGGUGGCCCGUCCUCUCUGCUGUCCCUACCAGGAGGCACUCUCUGAAUCAGAGGGUGGAGAGGGGGACGUGUUCUUCAUAUUGGACUGUGGUGCCAAGCUGGGGGCACUGAGGGCUAUGGUUUGCUCCCCGCCCUCCCCCACCCCCUCUUCACCCCCUUCUGCUCCCGGCUUCUUCCCUGCCCUCCUCUCAGGUCCCUUCCUGGAGUCCUCACUGAGGGAGGUGCACCUGGGGGAGCUGGACCCCCCCACCUGUCUUCUGCUCCUGCACCACCUCCAUGGGUGCCAGCCCCCCUCUUGCCCUUCCCUCUGGCCUCCUGCCCCUCGCCCCAGGCAGCCCUUGACUUGCUCCCCUCUGGGCCGCUCCCUGGUGGCAGCAUCCCGCUACCUGCUGCUGGGGCUGGCCGGGGGGCUGGGAGCACGGGCCCUGGCCCUCCUCCCCUCCAUCCGCCUCCCGGAGCUUCAUGGGCUGGCCCGGCGCCUGGCCCUGCCCCAGCUCGCCCUCCUUGCCCUCCGUCGCAUGCUGAGGGCCCCUUUGGAGCCCGUCCGCCGGCCAGAGAUGUGGGUCGCACUCCUGGGGGCGGAGGGGGAGAGUGAGAGGGAAGAAGUUCUGGGAUGUCUGCACGGGAUCCUGGCUGAGUUUCUGUAGUGAUGGACAGAGGGAGGGAGAGGAAGGAGGGGUGACAGUGAAAGGUGAGAGGGAGAGGUUCUGGGGGUGUCUGCUUGGGAACCUGUUUGAGUGAAGGACACACGUUGGAAGGAGGGGGAAAGAGUGGAGAGAGGAGGAGCUGGACGAUCUCCACAGGAUACCUCCCUUCCUCUCGAACUCAUACCCCAUCCCUUCCCCCACUAGGGCACAAUCUCAUUCCUCCUUCCUCUGUCCUGAAUCUCCCUCUGGGAAGAGGGAGAGAGUGAUGGAGGAAGCUGGCAGAGGUUGGGGUUUGGGCAAAGGCCAGUAUAAUCCCACGAGUCUGGGAUUUCAUUAUGUGGAUGAAUAUUCCCGAUGAAUGUAAAUAUUUCGCUGUACAGACGCACUUUCAUUUCGGGGGAUUAUGUAUAGUAGUUCUGUUGACAAUAGCAAAUAAAACAGUUCUUGUUCCAA